GCGGAAGGUAAUUGCAGAGGGUGGGGUGUGAGGUGGUCAAGAUGGCGGCGCCCUGUGGAGUGCAGUUACUCUAACAGUGGUGCCCGAAGAUCGUUUCGGCAGGCGCCCGGGGGACCUUGGCGCCGCAGGAGCGGAGGGUGCUGUGACCUACUGGGCUGAUCCUCCCCCUCCCCUGCCCCCCUGCCCCUUCCUCCUCCUCCUACCCCUCGUCCCGGUGCUGCCGCCUUCUCACACUCCUGCCGCUUGACUGUUCAGUUGAGUGGCAUCCUGACACCCACAGCCUGCACCGGGAUUCCUCCACGGCCUGCACUAGGGCCUGCCCCAUCAUACACCACCAUGGCACGCGAACAGCCCAACGUGGGGGAACUGCUGCCCCUACUGGAGUCUUCAGACCUGAGGCAAUUGGAGGAUAUCAAGGGGCUCAUCAAUGAACACCUCAACUCCGAGCGAGGGUCGGUGCUACUUAACAGUCUGGUAGACUACUUCCUGGAGACCAACUCUGGUCAGGCCUUGCACAUCCUCUCCUCUGUGAGAGAGCCACAUGAUAAGCACCUUCUGGAUAAGAUGAAUGAGUGCAUGGCCAAGCACUCGUGCCGUCUGCCCACCCUCAACCUGCUGGGCCACGUUGUCAGGAAGCAACCGUCAUGGAUCCACAAGAUCGCUCGCUACCCCCUGCUGCUCUCGCUCCUCAAAUGCCUCAAGACGGAUACUGAUGUGGUGGUGCUCAUUACUGGAGUCCUGGUGCUCAUCACCCUGCUACCCAUGAUCCCACAGGCAGGGAAACAACACCUGUACGAGUUCUUUGACAUUUUUGGACGACUGGCAUCAUGGAACCUGAAGAAUCCAGGCCAUGUGUCGGAGGUUUACCUCAUCCAUCUGCAUGCCAGUGUGUACUCCCUCUUCCAUCGGCUCUACGGCAUGUACCCCUGCAACUUCGUUUCCUACCUGCGCUCCCACUACAGCAUGAAGGAGAACAUGGAGACCUUUGAAGAAGUGGUCAAGCCCAUGCUCGAGCACGUUCGUAUCCAUCCGGAAUUAGUGACUGGAACCAAGGACCAUGAGCUGGACCCAACAAGAUGGAAACGCUUUGAGGUUCAUGACAUCGUUAUUGAGUGUGCCAAAGUGUCCCUGGACCCCAAGGAGGCGUCGUGCGAGGAGGGAUACGCCACCAUGCCCGAACACUUCAGUGCCCACCUGCAGCUGCGGCCCACCGACAGUACUGCAAGCCCCUACACCGACUUCCACAGUAGCUUCGGCAGUUCCUCCUCCACCCAGUUCUCCACCCCAAGGCAGUCGGGACCCCCGCCUGUCUCCCUACCCCCGCUCUCAGGAACCCUCUGCAGGAGCCCUCCCACCACACGACGCCAGAACUCCAGCUGUGAAUCCAACUCCACGUCUGGCAUCAAAGACCCCCUCUGGAGCCCCUCCUCCCUGUGUGGCAUGGCCACACCCCCCUCCUCACGCGGCAUGUCACCCAACCCUGAGUUAUCGCACAGUGCCUCUCACUUACCCAGCCGCGUCCACAACACCUCGGUCGGAGGAAAAGGGACUCCGUCCUCCAGCACUCCAGCGACUGCCUCCCCUCCCCCGUCUCUCUCCGAUGAGUUUCCCGUCAGUUUGCUGGCCCAGAUGGGCAGCUCCACGUGCAAGGAUGGAAAAUCUGGGGAAUCAAACAAGCACCACUUAAUCAGACAUGAUCCCAUCAGAGAGCUUGACAAAGAAAGCACAGAUGUCAACAACCAUCGCGAUGGAGCAGGCAAAGGCUCAUCCAUGACUUUAACUGAGCUGUCGGUGUACAUGAAGGAACAGGAGCAGUUACGCACGGAGAAGGAGCGAGAGGAUGCUGCCAUUACAGAGGAACUGCUGAAACUGACAGAGGACAAGCCAGUGCUGUGUGGUUUCGAAUCCCCGUUCCUCCACACCACAGAGACACUCACCAGCUGCGUGGAUGAUGACGAUAAGCCCUGUGUCGUCGUCCCAACCGCAGGCCCAACCUCGUCUUUCUCCCAUGACGGUCCACUCCACCACCCACUACAGCUCCACAACAACAACACCACCUCCACCCCCACCACCACCCUGGACAAGGCGGGUGGCGGCCGGGGUGAAGGCAGCAGAGGCCCUCCUGUCCAGGACGGCAGCGUCCUUCCCUGGGCAUUCCAGCCCGUCUUCACUCCCAUCGAAGCACCACCGUUGGGGCCCUGCAGUAUAGGAGGGGAACAGGUGCCCCACCACCACCAGCGCAGUCCCUGCACCUCCACCACCACCACGGAGGAGGACGCACUGAAGCUGGGCCUGCUGUCGCCCAGCCCCUGCCGGCCACCUGUCGCUCUGCCGUACGAAGCACUCUUCGACCUGGCCUUGCCACGCGCAGCCUCGCUGUUUGUCGCACGGAAGACGUUGGAGGCCACCAGAAGGGCUACCAUAGAGAGGAGAGGACAUGCGGGGGGAGGGGGAGGGGGGUUACUAGGAUUUGGACUGGUGGCGGCCGCAGAGGAAGAGGAGGAGUUGGAUUUAGGAAAAGCCCUGGCGGUGAGAGAUGGCGAGGUGGAUGGUGAGUUGGCGCUGGUGGAGGGAGAGCUGGAGGAGGGGGAGCUGUCUAUUGCCGCGGCCUCACCUCUGGAGGUCCUUGACCGCCUUGUGCAGCAGGGAAAUGACGUUCACGACAAAGUGCUAAAGAGAUUACCUUUGCCAAGCAAAUCAGCUGACUGGACACACUUUGGAGGUAAACAGCAUCAUUGCCCGGUGCCUCUGGACGAGCUGCACACGCUGCGCAGCCAGCUGCUGUUGCUGCACAACCAGCUGCUGUACGAGCGCUACAAGCGUGAGCAGCAUGCAGUCCGAAACCGCCGCCUGCUGCGACGCAUCAUCAAUGCCACGGCACUCGAGGAGCAGAACAACGCCAUGAAGGAGCAGCUAAACCUGCAGAGUGUGGAGAUGAUCUCCCUGCGCGACAGCCUGAGCGUGGAGCAGCAGCGCUACCGACAGCUAUGGGACGACCGCGAGACCCUUGUCACCAGGCUGCACAGCCAGGUCCGCACGCUGCAGCAGAGCCGUGAGGAUCACUAUACCAAGAACCAGGAGCUAGAGAGCAAGCUGCAAGAAUGCCAAAAGCAGAUGGGGGAGAUGGAGGCAGAGCUGCAGAGGGCCAACAACAAGGUGUGCCAUACGGGGCACCUACUCAACCAAGUCACUGCCAAGUUGUCUACGAGUGAGAGCACUCAGCAGCAGAUGGGCUUCCUCAGUAAGCAGCUCCUGUUGCUGGGAGAGGCCCACAAGCUGACCUUGCAGGAGCUCCAGCACUCUGGCCAUGACACCACAAAGGAGAAGCAGAUGGUGAAGCUGGCCAGCGCUAAGGAGGCGGAGCGUCUGCGGCAGAGCCUCCUCUCCCAGGCCCAGAAGCUGGAGGCUGCUCAGCAGCGCGCCACAGAACUGGAAACGCAGCUCUCCAAGAAGGAACAUCUCAUCGCAGAGCAGAAGAAGUUUCUGGAGGACGUCAAGCUGCAGGCCAAAGGUGAGCUUCAAGCCUCGGAGAGCAGGUGCCAGGCCCAGCGUCACAUGACCCAGGCCCUGCAGGCGGAGGUGCUGCAGCUCUACAGUCGUCUGGAGAUGGAGCUGGACGCUCCCUCCAACGCCACCAACACUCCAGCUGGGGCCAUCGGCGAUGCCCACGUCCCCACGGAGGCCAGUGUCUCCAUCCCUGACGGUCCUGCCAAGGCCCCGGGCAACCAGGACGGCCCUCCGCCUCCCAACGGCAACAUCAGCACUUUAUCACCCGGGCAACCCAAGCAUGCCAAGCCGUCGCCAUCCUCCUGCUCCUCCCCUUCCUCCUCUUCUGCCUCCUCCUCUUCCUCCACCUCCUCUUCCUUCACCUCCUCAGCCAACACCUCCAUCAAUGGCAGCAGAGACGGCAGCAGCACCACCACCCAGCCCCCCUCUCUUGUGGAGCCACCUCCACCACUCCUGGGCCUCCCUCCCCGUGGUGGUCCCCCGCGUGAUGCCCCCCUCACCGUGGGCUCCUACCCCAGCGCCAAGAGCUUCCUGGGCAUGCGGGCCCGCGAGCUCUUCCGCAACAAGAGCGAGAGCCACUGUGGGGAAGAGGACGAGGAGGAAGAGGACGAGGAGGAUGAAGGCAUCGGAGGAGUAGGAGGAGGAGGCGGAGGUGAAGGAGGAGAGGGGGAGGAUGUGCCGAUCGCAGGAGAGGCCAUCCACGGGCACAGGCACACGGCCUCCCCAUCCCCUCGCCGCCUCACCAGCCUCUCGCAGGAGCUGAAGACUGAGCUGUGCGUGGAGUCUCGGACGUCCGGGCCCAAGUCAGCCAUGCCAACCGCUAGCCCCCACAAGCAGCCGCCCCCCAAACAGCAUCCACAGCACCCCAAGCAGCAGUCGUGCCCAGGCCAGGGGGGCAGCGCUAGCCCUGCGACCACCACCAACACAUCUCCUGCCUCUGUAGCUGGUGUGCAGGGCCCUGCAGGCACUCCCAGGUCCUCUCCUGCUAAGCAGGCACGGGCAACAGGUGCCCUGCAAAGAGCCAACAGUCGAGAAAGGUCAGGGGUGGGCUCACCCAGCAACGCAGCAACAGCCACCAGGCCCCGGCAGAAACAGCUGAAGAUUAUGGACUACAACGAGACGCACCAGGAGAGCAAUUAAAGAGAGGUCCAAGACAAAGACAGAGAGAAAGAGAGAGAUUCAGGUAGGAGAGGGAGAGAUUCUGAGUGAGGGAAAAAAAAACAGAAGCUGAUAAGUGCAAGAAAGAACUGCCUGCUUUAGAAGAAGAACGUUUAAGGCAAGACCUUUAUUCAGUGUUAUUUGUUCCAUUCCCAUGAGUGGGCAACAGGAUUUUGGACCAUUUUUCCUUUGACUCCUUUUUUCCUCUUAAUUGGUCCCCUGACAAAACUGGAAAACAGCUAUUGCAUCCAUCAAGCACUGGUAUUAUACAGUGAGUGCUCACCGGUAGAGGUUUCUUUCUGCUUUUGGUGUUUCGUCAGAGUCCAUCAUCACCGGCAUCUGUGUUUAGCAACACCUUUUACCACCAAGCCUUAUGUUCUGUUGUUUAUUUAAAAUAUUGUACUCUUUUUGUGACUCAUUGAAUCGCUGUCGCAUCACUGUUUCCAUCUGUGAUGGGAAUGGCCAUAUCUGGGAUUGUGCAUGUGUGCUCUGGCUGUCACACCUACAAGCUUGGCUCUUUGUUGUAGUGGUCAGAGCCAUGGUUUGGUUUCCUUGAAGGUCUAGAGGUCCUGACAGGGCAACUCUACUCCUCUUCAUUAAGAAUGGUGUUAGAAGCAGGAUGGCUUGCCCUGUGACCAUCAGAGGUGCAGCCGUUGUGUGCGAGGGAUAGUUCCAUGUGAGGGAUUCCCAGAAUUGGUGACCCUGGUGUGAGGGACACCCGUGAUGGGUAGAGCAUAGAUGAUGAUGCACGCUAGAUGGGAGGCGUACGGUGGUAGCUGUGUGAAAAACACCUUGAGUGUGAAGCGCAAGACUGUCCCUAGUGUGCCCAUCACGAGGGUUGUAGGUGUAAUCUGAUGUAGUCAGACCUCCAGUUUGCAACCCCAGAAAAAGCCAGGUUUGAGUCCCAGCGUGGCUUCUCUACUCCUCCUCUCUUCAAGAUCAGUAUAGGAUCAGUAUUUAUUUGGCCUUAGUGCUUCAAAGUCUUUCACUUUAAACACCUAAACACAGCUAAAGUACAUCAAAAUUAAGAUUAGAAAUCAGACAUAUCUUUCACUAGUCAGCAUAUUGCCAAUCUUUAGGAAACAUUAACGGGUGUCUCAAGGAGAUAAGAAUCGCAGCAGCAGGUGUUAUUUUAUUAAGCUAGAAGUUUUAAAUUAUUUAUUCCCUUGUCUGUUGCUUUCUUGCUGCCUUGCCAUACCCAUCAUGCUCACUGUGGCGUGCACAGCUUUGGCUGGUUGCUGCACUAAAUUGAGUCUGCUACACUAAUUGGACGGUGAAUGAGAUGAGAGGCUUGAUUGAGGAAGUGUGGUGUCAACGUGUCUAAAUUUAUUUUAAAAAGAUAGACUAGAUGGAGUACUUUUUUUUCUGGUCACUUAUCUGAGCACAGUCAUGCCUUUUGGUCAUCUUCUUUUCACAAACUGAUGAAGCGCUGGAGACAGUGAGCACCUUACGGCACAUCAUGGCAUGACGAGAGGCUUACAAUAGCAGUGGCUGUUCAUCCCUUCAACUAGAAUAUCACAAUUGGUAGUGUUUUCCUCAUGAAGCCCUUAGUUAAAUGCUGGUAUACAUGUUUGGUUUGGCCUCUGUCUUUGGGGAACGGUUCAUGUGACAGGCCGAGAAAGCGGAGCUACUCCGCUGCCUUCCUUGUUUCUGCCUUUUGAAAGGAUUCUGGCACCGUACAUGUAUUUUUCUUCAAGUGUCAUCUUAUUUCACCUUUCUGUGUGAGAAGUGCCAAAACUAUGACAUGCUGCUGCUGAGGUACCUAAGGAAAAAAAGAGCAGAAACUUUCCAUAUCAUCAAUCAUUUCAGAUUUUGUUUCUUGGUUGAGAGAAGAAUUAUGUGAAACAUUUUUUUUGCACUUAUCACUUUUGAGUUGUGUUGCGCUCUUAAUUGCACAGAAGGCUUCAAACUUACUUUAUCUCUCUGUCGUACUCCCAUAGCCACAAUGGCACGCACUUGUGUGUGACACAGUCAGUGCACACUAAAAGGCGUGUAGUGUUUUUGUUACCUUUCUUAACCUUCAUUUUCGCUGUGAACAGAAUGUUAGUCUUUUUUGUUUGUCCUGCUCUAUUUGUUUUUUUAACAUCCCAAAAUCCUGUUGUCCACCUGACGCCUCUUUCAGUCCUCCUGCCUUGCUAUCUAAAGCAUGUACAACAAUCCACUAAAACGCCAACUGUAGGAAAUAACGUCAAAGGUACAAUCAGUGAAAAAAGGUCUAGAGAAAUGAGGUGUGGGAGGUCCUAUAUUGGAGAUGAGCGUUACAAUAUAAAACAUGAAGGAGGUCUGGAGGAGGACAGAAGUUCUUAAGCAGUUGCUUGUGUAAACUGUGAACGAUUUAAAAAAAGCAAAAGAAGAAAAAAAAGAAAUAAAAUUGUCUUCAAUGUUUUGCACUAAAGAUC